UUGGAGAGGAGGAAGAUGACAGCCAGAAAGUCUGGGUCACGACUAGAGACAGAAAUAGAGAGAUGCCGUUCAGAAGGACAAUGGGACAAGAUACCGGAACUUGUGCGGCAGCUCUCUGCUAAACUAAUAUCAAACGAUGACCUGGGGGAGCUCUUGCUCGGGGAGUCCAAGCUCCAGCAGUUCCUCAAGGAGAACCCCAUCAAGCAGGAUGCCAGUCCCCGUGGCAACCGACCCCGUCUGGUGGAGGUCCGCAAGCACCUGACGGCUGCCCUGGACCGGGGAAACCUCAAGCAUGACUACCUUCAGGAGGCCAGCCUUCUGAUGGCUAAGCUGUGUUAUGUGGAGGGGGACUACAGAGAGGCUCUCAACCAGUACAGCAGGGUCGCCAUGGAUGACCUGCAGCUGGUCGGCUCGCCAGUCUACCGCCUGUCCAUGAUCGCAGAGGCCUAUGCCACUAAAGGCCUGUGUCUAGAGAAGGUGCCUCCGGGAUCUCCAUCGCUGACCAAUAAGACGAUGGACCGCGACAAGGAGAUCAUCACCUGCUAUGAGAAGUCUGGCGACAUCGCUCUGCUGUACCUCCAAGAAGUAGAGAAGGCUCUGAGUGCAGGGAUGCAGAACCGAAGUCCAAAGCCAGGCCCAGUGUCUCAGGAGCAGGAGCUGGGCUACUUCCUGGAGACAGGCCUGCAGAGAGCACAUGUCAUCCACUUCAAAAAUGGCAACCUCACUCGGGGUGUGGGCCGCUUCAGAGAGAUUCUGCGGGCUGUGGAGACCAGGACGACCCAGAACCUACGAAUGACCAUAGCGCGUCAGCUGGCUGAGAUCCUGCUGAGGGGCAUGUGUGACCAGAGCUACUGGAGCCCGCUGGAGGAUCCCCCGCACCAGUCCCCCCUGGACGACCCCCUCAAGACCACCUCCCACACCAAGGACUACGCCCUCAGCCGCCGCCCACGCAUCUACUCCGGAGAAAAGUACGCCUCCCUCUUCUGCCCCCAGGAGAACACAGAGGAGGCCUUGCUGCUAUUGUUGAUCAGUGAGUCUAUGGCUAACAGGGACGCGGUACUCAGCCGUAUUCCGGAGCACAACAACGACCGCAUCAUCAGCCUGCAGAGCGCCUCGGUGGUGUACGACCUGCUGACCAUCGCGCUGGGCCGCCGCGGCCAGUACGAGAUGCUCUCCGAGUGUUUGGAGAGGGCCAUGAAGUUUGCCUUUGAGGAGUUCCACUUGUGGUACCAGCUGGCUCUCUCCCUGAUGGCUGCUGGGAAGUCGGCGAGAGCGGUCAAGGUGCUGAAGGAGUGUAUCCGCCUCAAACCGGAUGACCCCACCAUCCCCUUACUGGCCGUCAAACUGUGUAUAGGAACGUUACACUGGCUUGAUGAAGGGGAGCCGUUUGCCAAACUGGUGGUGGACAUGGGAGAGAAAGCUGCCGAGUUCAGAGCCAAAGGAUACCUGGCCCUCGGCCUGGUCUACAGCCUCAAGGCCACUGAUGCUUCGUUGCGGGGGAUGCAGGAGGAGUAUCAGAAGAAGGCCCUGAGUGCUUUUCAGAGAGCUCAAAGUUUGUCACCAACGGACCACCUGGCCGCUUUUUACCUGGCCCUACAGUUGGCUGUGUCCCGACAGAUCCCCGAGGCGCUGGGUUACGUGCGGCAGGCGCUGCAGCUGCAGGGGGACGACGUGCACUCGCUGCACCUGCUGGCCCUGCUGCUGUCGGCGCAGAAGCACUACCACGACGCGCUCAACAUCAUCGAGAUGGCGCUCAGCGAGUACCCCGAGAACUUCGCCCUGCUGUUUACGAAGGUGAAGCUGGAGGCCCUGUGUCGAGGGCCUGAGGACGCACUGCUCACCUGCAAACACAUGCUGCAGAUCUGGAAGUCCUGUUACAACCUCACCAACCCCAGUGACUCAGGCCGGGGUAGCAGUCUGCUGGAUCGGGCCAUGGCAGACCGGAGGCAGAUGAAUGCCAUGACUCUGCCUGACUUCAGUGAUCCUGAGACAGGUUCGGUGCACGCCACCUCCAUCGCGGCGUCGCGGGUGGAGCAGGCGCUCUCGGAGGUGGCCUCGUCGCUCCAGAGCAGCGCCCCUAAGCAGGGGCCCCUGCACCCCUGGAUGACUUUGGCCCAGAUCUGGAUCCACGCAGCGGAGGUGUACGUUGGCAUGGGGAAGCCGGCGGAGGCCACGGCCUGCACGCAGGAGGCUGCCAACCUGUUCCCCACGUCGCACCACGUGCUCUACAUGAAGGGCCAGGUGGCCGAGCUGCGGGGCAGCAUGGAGGAGGCCAAGCGCUGGUACGAGGAGGCCCUCUCCAUCAGCCCCACGCACGUCAAGUCCAUGCAGCGGCUGGGGGUGAUCCUGCACCAGCUGCAGCGCUACAGCCUGGCGGAGAAGGUGCUGCGUGACGCGGUGCAGGUGAGCAGCACGGCGCACGAGGUGUGGAAGAGCCUGGGCGAGGUGCUGCAGGCGCAGGGCAACGCCGCCGCCGCCACCGAGUGCUUCCUCACCGCCCUGGAGCUGGAGGCCAGCAGCCCCGUGCUGCCCUUCACCAUCAUCCCGCGCGCACUCUGACACUGACACACACACACACACACACACACACACACACACCUCUGACACACACACACACACCUCUGACACACACACACCUCUGACACACACACACACACACACACACACACCUCUGACACACACACACACACACACACACACACACACACCUCUGACACACACACACACACCUCUGACACACACACACACCUCUGACACACACACACACACACACCUCUGACACACGCACACAUACACACACACCCACCUCUGACACACACACACACACACACACACACACAUGCAAAUGCAAAUGCACACACAAACACUGACAGGCAAAUGCACAUACACAAUGUGCUGAAACACAUACACAUGCACACACACACACACACACACACACACACACACGCCUUGUAUACAGUACAGGUUCAUAGUGUUACAUGCAGAAUGGUUUAACAUAAUACACACAUAAAUCAUAUACAGUUUUACAUAUUAUGGUAUAUGCUCAUAAAAAAAACACACACAGCACAGUCAUACUCACAUACACACAAUCCACACACACGCACUACUGUAGAUGAUACAGAGUACAAACUCAAAACACAAUUCCCCCCGCAUAGCGUUUUACACAGAACACCUUGGUAACCCCACACAAGAGAGUUCUUCCUGACUGUAGGGGAGACACACAUGCAGACAGCCAUAACCUUAAGCCACACACAAACACACACCCUCUAACCUCUCACCCUCCUGCUAGACCUGCACAGAACCCUCUAGUAUGUAGACUCACCCAUAGUCACUUUAACUCUGAUUCACACACACACACACACACACACACACACACACACACACACACUCUCUGUUACAUUGCACAUUGAUGAAGUGCCACCACACACACUCCUAUAGCAAGCUCCCGAGAGCCAGUGUGUGUCUAAGCCCCCCAUCCCCAAUCAGUGUUUCACCCAUCAUGUAAUUAUCUCACUCCGCUUACUGUAACUAUUGACCGGACCGGUGUUUUCACCCACAACUCCUUGAAGUCACCCAAACGAAAACGCAGCAGCCAUUUCUCAAUAGCAUAUACCCUCAUAAACACUAAUAUACCUGAAUUUACUCAUACACACAGGUGUAUGCAUGCACACACUGUCGCGCACACACGCACGCACACACUUGCCGAUAUUAAAGGCAAACGCAACACUCCAUGUAUGACGUCUGAGUGCUGCAAUCAGUGUCAUGGCGACCAGUCCCAUUACCCACUGCUGCCACUGUGUGUGUUUGUGUGUGUGUGUGUGUGUGUGUGCGUGUGUGUGCGUGUGUGUAAACAGUUAACCCCUUCACGCCCUCGCACACAGGUUACCAAUACACGUUCAACCACACAGACACACACACACUCACUCACUCACAGACACACACACACUCACUCACAGACUCUCCUUGACUUUUCUGGUGUCUCCUGUUGUCCCCUGAAGUACGCAAAUUCAAGAUGGAGAGUGAGUCAGGAUAAACAGUUAUGCAAGUGUCCAAAUCAGGGAACUGGAGGUGUGUGUGUGUGUGUGUGUGGUUUUCUUUUCUGGUGGUUGUGUGUGUACGUGGUGUCCAAAAUGACCUGAAUCAACUCAUUAUAGCCAACUGGGGUUUCUGUGGACACACUCAAAGAGUUGCCCCUUGUUACAUUCGCCUUUUCAAUGGGGUGUGUGUCAGUUAUCCCUGAUGCUGAUGAUUCUAUAAAUGCCUAUAUAUUUGUUUAUUUGUAUGUCUUUGUUGUUUUUGUUUUGUUGUUUUUUUGUGUGAGUGUGAGAGAGAGUGUGAGUGUGAGAAAGAGAGGUAUGUGUUCCUGAGUAUAUUUCCUGUGCUGUAAACCUGCUACUGUCAUUGAAGAGAUGUACAUUUUUUUCCCCCUUUUUGAAAUCCAUAGUUUACAGAAAGAGAGUAAUGGUCUUGAAAAGGCUGUGUAUAUGUUAGCCAUGUCUCUUAGCAACCCGUCCUCAUAUGGAAAACUCCUCUUAUGAAUAGGCCAUACAGAACACCUUUAAAACAUCUAGUGUAUAUUACUCUGUUGUAAACUAAAAGUAAACGCAAACAAAAUAUUCUUCUCUAUAGGUAUGUUUGUGAGUGUGUGUGCGAGUGUGUGUGUGUGUGUGUGUGUGUUUGUAUGUCCGUGUCUGUCCAAUGAUUGCAGACUGAGACCCCUUAUGGCCUCACUUUCUUGUGAGUGUUUCCACUGCUCAUGGCGGCGGGUUGUAAAGUCCAUAGCGUGACGGUGGUGUAUGCUGUCCGCCUCUCCUUUGUCAAUCAUGUGAAACCAAUGGUCUGUCACAAAGUGCAGUGAUGGUAGGUUUAGCGCCUCUAAAUCCAGUAGAAACAAAAUCACAUAAAGUGAAUGCCAAAAAAUAUAUUGUUAUUAUUCUGUAAGCAAAUGUUUUACAUUUUUCUCUGUUACAUAUAUAAGUAUAGCGUAUAUAUAGUUUUUUUUUUCACGUUUAUUUUGAUUUUUAAAUGCAGAUUAUUAUUUUGUGUUGAUUUGAUAGUACUGUUUUUUUGGUUGUUAUUUUAGAAGAUUCAGAUAUAUUUAAAAAUGGAUGAUGUUACCAUGACGAACAUGCAGUAUGUUUGUUGCCGGAGUUGGCUUCUACUUGAAGUUCAGGGCUGUUUGAAGAGGUUGGGAGUAAAAAAAAAAAAAGCAUUAUGGCACUGAAGAUAAUAAUCAGUGUGUGGGGCUGGGGACAUUUUUUCCUCUUAAAUCAUUGUCACUGUCCUAGCAUGGCCAGUACACUGAAACCUCCUCUCACUCACACACACGCACACACACACACACACACACACACACACACACAUACAUACACACACACUCACACACUCACAGCCGAGUUCAACAGCUGACCUCAGCAUCAGCAAUCACCCCACGCAAAAGCAGUGUCUGUCAUAUGAUGUCAAUAAAGAAAGAGUGGAAGAGUGCAGGACUUGUUUUGUUUGUUCUGUUCCAUAACAACGGAGAGUGAUGGUGGCAAAUAGAAGUUGAAAUAAAGAAAAGUAUCAUGGUCCAUCUUUUGAGCCUGUUACAGUAUAAGUUUUAGAAAUACAACACGAGAGCUGGUGUGUGUUUUACAUGGAAACAGGCCAACACUAUCUUGAAGCAUUAUCCAUUCUGUAACGAACUGGGGGAAACUCACUCCUCACGGUUUGAGCUACUUACCCGGAGGCUGCAGUGGUCACCUAGUUAUAAGGGAUAGUAUGAAUUAAACCACAUAAUAGUGAACCCACUAGCUGCACAGCUUUGAGACCUCUUCCCUCAUUCUCAAUUGUUACUGUAUCAGAGAUGAUUGAUAUUUGUGCUUGAAACUGCCACUGACAAAUUUCUCCAGUUUUUAUAGCCACUUAACAGCAUUUUUGCCUCUAUACUUGGUCAGUCACA